GCAGAAAACAACGUUUCUGCAAGAAAAGUCCCAACUCAACAGUGUUUCGCAUAAGUUAACAACGACCACAGACAAACGAAAGUUUUCACAUCAGAAAUAUCAAUAUCAGACACUAGCCAUGGCCACAGUAAUCAGCAAACGCCCCAGGACUAGACCAGAGAAACAACACUACGUGAUACCUGCGAAACGUAACAUUGAUGGUCUACUUGAGGAACAGCGUUCAUUGAGUGUACAGAUCUCCAACACACAAGACGAGGAUACUGCAUGCGAGCAACAUCAAGUCUCAUUACUCAAACCAGCUCAUAUCUCCCGGAAAAAGAGGCAUGUCAGUUUCAAGGAGCCCUUGGAGACCAUUUCUGUCAUUGAUGAACCAGAAGAGCGAACUGUGACAUUUACCAGAUCAGGCAAGCUUCGUCAUAUCUCCGGGGACUCUGGUAUCGGAUCUCUAACUCUGGACCCCUGUGUUGAGGACAGUUCUGACGCAAGGUUUACCAGUGAUGUUGCCCAGUAUCCAGGAAGUCUUCGGAAGCUCCUUGCUAAGGCUUACACUGACAUGUCUUCCCUGUCUGAGAAGGAAAGGAGGAGUGUGCUGAGAAUGCUGUUGGUCCAGGUGUGGAAGAACGAGGGUGUCGAGGAGAAGACUGCUUUUACCUGUUCCUGUCUCAUACAGAGAGAAGUGGACACUGAACAAGGCGACUCCUUCUGUAGGGUGGUCGAGGCGAGCUGUUCUGCCCUCAUCCUAGACUCGGCUACACUGAAGGACCAGUUUCACCAGUGGGAGAAGUUCAUCACCUUCCUACAUCACUUGUCCUGUCACAUGAAGUCAGCAGAACUCCACCAUCGCCUUCAGAGUCUGGUCUCCCACGCCUUGGACGUUACCCUUUCUCUCCUCCAGCUGUGAUACCAAUCCUGUGAUAAACUGAAUCUCCGGUUGUGUUUUGUAACAUUUUAAUAUCAAGUGUUUUUUUUAAAGUUUUGUAUAUUGUCCAUAAAUAGUAGCUGAAAUCUGUAUUCAGAAAGAACAUAUUUUAUUAUUCUUGUUCCAGAAGAUAACACUAUGCAGAUUAUGUUGUUUUUUAUGUGCUAGACAUAUACAAUUUUGUUUAUUAUAGAAAAGUUGUUGUACAAUUUCAAAACUGUAAAUGAUUAUUACCAUUAUAACCAAUGAUCUCUAGUGCUCACAAAACAUUUUACAUUGAAGUCUGGAAUAAGUAAGUUUACCAUAGGUCAUAUAAUAGUGCUUUUCAGUUGAUGUGAACCUGAUGUGAACCUGCAAAUGUCAGUAGAAGUGACUCCAAGUCUUACAAGUCGACUUCCCUCUGGUUUGGAAUCUUAAUAUUUGUUGUACAGGUAAUGUAAAUCAUUUGAAAGUGUCCCUGUAGAUGAGAGUUUUUCUAAUCGGCUCAUACAAAUGUAGUGUUUAAGUUGUCCUAAAGAUCCCUGUCCCACCACAGGUAAAACACUAGUCUCUUUUGUUUUGUUUUAUAUAUAACAGUAAAGCAUCUAGGCCUGAAUACUUUUGUUGACUAGGUAGCUCUGUUGGUGAAGAAUGACGGAAUAUUUAUCGGAGGUUCAGGUUUUGAAUCCCAGUCUAGCACCAUUAUUGUAUAUUAUCAUUUUUUACAUCGUUGUUAUUUUGUCAUAAAAUUCAUUAUUACUAUUUUUUCAUAUAUGAACUCAUCUUUAUUUUUUGUCAUGAAAACUCUGCAAGGUUUUGUGCUCUUGUCAGGGAUGGUUUAUCAGAGUUUGGUCAUACUGGGAAAAGCAAGUUAUCAAUUCAUACUAUCGUAGUACAGUAGCCAGUUUUUGGCAGUGGUGUGCGGAGAUCCUUGAAAGGCGAAGUUCUGUCAGUAAUCUGUACCUCAGUGCUAUGUUUAUACCCAGAUAUACUUUUUAGGUUAACCCUUUCACCACUGUAGACCAUAAUGGACUAAACCAGAUCAAUGCAUAGUAGAGUCUACUAAAGUUAAUUAGGGGUGAAAGGGUUAAAGACAAGUUAAAGUUCUGUGAUGAUUUGUUAUAGUCUGGAAUAUAUUAUAGUCAACUCUUUGCUUAAACUGAUCUGACUCCGAGGAGUUUUGGAAAUGUGUGGACAUGCAAGGAAAGUAGGUUCUCUUUUGUCACAAUGUAAAUACCCUCUUAGUCUAAAAACUACACUGUACUGUUGGUAGUAUUACUGAUUUAGUCACCAAUUGCCUGGAGGAAUGACGUAAGGCCUUCAAGUAGGACAUUUGGCAGUCAUUUUUUAAGGAGGUUUAUUUGAUCUAGUCAGCCAACUCCUGAAGUAUGACAUUAUGCAAUUAUGUUUUAAGUUAUAUCGGUAAUCUAGUCAGUUAAUGCCUAAAUUAUGACGUUAGGCAAUCUUUCAUUAAAGUUGUAUUAGUGAUCUAGUCAACCAAUGUCUUAAUCUAUGAUCAUGUUGAGCAAUUUUCUUUUAAGUUUCAUUAAUUUGUGAUUUAGUUAACAAUGAGCUUUCAGGAAUGUAAGUAAGUUCUUUUACGAAGUAUAAGUAAUCUAACUAGUCAUCCUAUGCCUGAACUAUGACAUUAAGUGAACAAAAGUAGUGAUCUAACUAGUCAUCCUAUGCCUGAACUAUGACAUUAAGUGAACAAAAGUAGUGGUCUAACUAGUCAUCCUAUGCCUGAACUAUGACAUUAAGUGAACAGAAGUAGUGGUCUAACUAGUCAUCCUAUGCCUGAACUAUGACAUUAAGUGAACAAAAGUAGUGGUCUAACUAGUCAUCCUAUGUCUGAACUAUGACAUUAAGUGAACAAAAGUAGUGAUCUAACUAGUCAUCCUAUGUCUGAACUAUCACAUUAAGUGAACAAAAGUAGUGAUCGAGCUAGUCAUCCUAUGUCUUAAGUCAUAUUAGAGAUAAAUAUAACAAUACAAGUAUGAUGUUAGGGAAUCUGAAUUAGAUAGAGUAUUAGUGAUCUAGUCAAAAAUUGCCUUGACGUACAUUAUUUAAUGUUAGUUCUGUUGUCAACUGUCGCCUUGAAGUAUGAUGUUAACUACUUAUCAGAAAGAAUUGUGAAGAAGUUUUAGUUAUGUUUCAAUUAAACACCUUGGAGUAUGAACAUAAAUUACUGUUAUAUGUACAUGUGCUGUGCUAACUGCUCCUUGUUGAUAGAUCAGUCUUGCAUGAUAUAUUAUAUAGAACCUUUAGGGGAGGUAGGGAUCAUGCUAGUUUCCUGUGCCUACACAUACCAUGUACUAGAUGUUGUGGUCUUCAAAGUGCCAAUCUCACUCAUUUAGUCCUGUGUGACGACCUAGGAAGAAAUCUCAUUUAAGUUACAAUUUUGUGGUACAAAAAUGUAUAAUAAUUAGUAUGAAAGUAGCUGUUUAUGAAAGUUUUAUAGAAAAUUAAAACUGACCAAUAUUGUAUUACUACAAAGAAUGUGUUUUAGGGCCAAGGUGCCCGUUAUUCCAUGUGCUGUAUGUAUGGAUGCAAGACUGCACAUCAUUCCAAUAUAACCAAAUGUGCCUUUUUGUUACCAACAGAU